UUAGUACUCCAUUUAUAUGUGUAAUAACAAACCCAACACGGUGACCGUGACGAAAGACGAUGCCGUCGAUGCGUCCUCUGAAUUUGUGCUGAUACGAUCAGAAAUCCUUCCUCGAGAAAUCCUAGGGUUUUCGUCACUGCAUUUCCCUGCUACGUGAAUCUCACAAAAAAUGGCCUUCUGGUGGCCGCUGCUCGUUCUCGGACUCGCUUUCGCCAUCUGUAAAUUGUUGCUCAUGCUCAUUCCUCCCAAUGUGCCUUCCAUCGAAGUCGACGCUUCCGACAUGUUGGAUGACGGAAACCAGACGAAGGAGAACAGCUUCAUUUACGUACCUUCGAAAAGACAUACUGGCAGAGUUCAGUGCUAUGAGCCAGCAACGAUGAAGUACCUGGGAUACUUCUCAGAAUUGAAGCCGGAUGAGGUCAAAGAGCGUGUAGCUCUGGCAAGGAAGGCACAAAUAGUAUGGGCGGAGAGUAGUUUCAAGCAAAGACGUCAGUUUCUGCGGAUACUUCUAAAAUAUAUUAUAGAGCACCAAGAGCUUAUAUGUGAAAUCUCUUCACGUGAUACUGGAAAGACUAUGGUAGAUGCUUCCUUGGGAGAAAUAAUGACAACCUGUGAGAAGAUCACUUGGCUACUUUCAGAAGGGGAGCGGUGGCUAAGGCCUGAAUACCGGUCCUGUGGGAGAUCGAUGCUUCAUAAGACAUCUAAAGUGGAAUUUUACCCACUUGGUGUGAUUGGUGCCAUUGUCUCAUGGAACUAUCCAUUCCAUAAUAUACUGAAUCCAAUGCUGGCUGCAGUCUUUUCAGGAAAUAGCAUUGUGAUAAAGGUUUCUGAACAUGCAAGUUGGUCUGGAUGUUUCUACCUGCGCAUAAUCCAAGCAGCUCUUGCUACUGUUGGUGCUCCUGAAAAUCUGGUUGACGUAAUAACAGGGUUUGCUGAAACAGGUCAAGCACUAGUGUCUUCAGUUGACAAGGUCAUAUUUGUUGGAUCACCUGGUGUGGGGAGAAUGAUAAUGAGAAAUGCUGCUGAUACACUGACACCAGUUACGCUUGAGCUUGGUGGAAAAGAUGCAUUUAUUGUUUGUGAAGAUGUAGAUGUACCUCAUGUUGCACAAAUUGCUGUAAGGGCUGCUCUGCAGUCAAGCGGACAGAAUUGUGCUGGGGCAGAGAGGUUUUAUGUCCAUCGGGACGUUUAUUCUUCAUUCGUUGCUGAAGUAGUCAAAAUUGUGAAAUCGGUUACUGCUGGCCCUCCACUGGUUGGUAAGUAUGAUAUGGGAGCCAUAUGUAUGCAAGAACAUUCAGAAAAGCUUCAAAGCCUUGUAAAUGAUGCCUUAGACAAAGGUGCUGAAAUUGUUGGUCGGGGAAGUGUUGGCAAUAUUGCAGGUGCUGUUGAUCAGUACUUUCCUCCCACUGUAAUAGUUAAUGUGACUCACAAGAUGAAGUUGCUGCAGGAAGAGGCUUUUGGACCAAUCAUGCCAAUAAUGCAAUUCAGCUCGGACGAAGAAGCUGUAAAGCUCGCAAAUGAUUCAAAAUAUGGGCUUGGCUGUGCUGUGUUUUCUGGCAGUCAGCGUCGUGCCAAGAAGAUAGCUUCCCAGAUAGUCUGUGGAGUUGCUGCUAUCAAUGACUUUGCAUCAAAUUACAUGUGUCAGUCACUGCCAUUUGGUGGUGUGAAAGAGAGUGGGUUUGGGAGAUUUGCUGGCAUAGAAGGAUUGCGAGCAUGCUGUCUUGUGAAAUCAGUCGUUGAGGAUAGAUGGUGGCCGUACAUCAAAACUAAGAUACCAAAGCCAAUUCAGUACCCCGUUGCGGAGAAUGGGUUUAAAUUCCAAGAAUCACUAGUAGAAGCUUUAUAUGGCCUAAAUGUCUGGGACCGUCUGCGGGCGUUGGUCAAUGUUUUAAAAAUGCUUUCAGAACCAAAUACUCGUCCCAGCCCGAGGAGAAGGACUGAUUGAGGAUGGCAUGUCGUAUGACAUCAUGUUUUUAUUCUUAUUUCUUUUCUUAGCUUGGUUUUGUUGUACUAUUGCCACUCUUUCUCACUGCGGUAACUCCUCCAAGCUGACUUGUACAUCCCAAGAUGCUAAUGCAGACAAUUCGCAGUUGGUUUCUUUGACUGUUUCUCCAAGGAAAUUAUGUUUUGUCAAAGCACAAUACUCAUUCCUGAAA